GAAAAGAGGAGGAUGAAGAAAAAGUUUUGGCUCGUGACGUCAUAUGUUUUGAUCACGUGAACCAGAGCAGUCGGAGUUGCGUUAGUUAUGGCGGCUGCCUUGAGUUGGACGGAUGAGGAUGCUGCGCCGAGCGGCCGGGACGGAGACAACGACAGCAACAACAACAACAAUAAUAAUAGCUCUAAGUAUCGACAGCAGAGCCCUUAUUCUUCUCCUUCACCGCCUGGUGAUGUCAUUGAAAGAUCAGCGGAACAGAACAUCGUCGAGUUUUUACCCCUUUCCACGUCCUGGACUUUUUGGAUCGAUAAUUCAAUGCCUGGCACAACUGUUGCCGAAUAUGAGAGCUGUUUGAAAAAGAUAUAUACUGUCACUACUGUUCAGGAAUUCUGGAGUGUAUAUAACAACAUACCUGAUGUGAAGUUUCUGAGUAAUCGUUGUUCCUACCACUUAAUGAGAGGCAAAAGAAGGCCUGUAUGGGAAGAUGAAUUCAAUUGCAAGGGAGGUCACUGGCGUUUUAAAUGUAGUAAGAACUACACGUCAACUCUUUGGAAGGAAUUGUUGCUGGCUGCCAUCGGAGAACAACUUAAUGAUUCCCUGGCAGAAGGGGAUGAAAUUGGAGGAGUGAGUUGUAGCAUACGAGGUCGGGAUGACAUACUUCAAGUGUGGAAUACUCAGGCUCAGCUUGUUGAAAGAAGUUCAUUAACCAAGAAGAUUGAGUCCAUGUUUCCAGGAGUUACUUUCAUCUCAGUCUACUAUAAAGCCUUUGCUACACAUGAAGCAUUUGAAGGAGUUAAGGAUACUUUAGGAUUUGCCUAAAAUAUACAUUCACUUGGUUUUGAAGUUGGCAUAAUUGUUUUCCACAUCGAGAAGGUCUCUGUCCUGUGAAAAAAAAAAAAAACCCUGAAAAAAAAGUCACCUAUGAAUGCCAAUACCAACCUGUCAGCUAAUUGUCUGCAAUAUUUAAACAUCUCACUUCUAUCUCUUCUAAAGCAGUUUUUUUUGCUUUCAUUUCAAAAGCAAUAAAACUGACUUUUUAAAAAAAUAAUUUAAAGUUUAGUCUGGAAUGGGAAAUUUUGAUUUAAGCAAAUGAGUUAGGUUGGUGAUGGUGAUGUGGGCUAAUAAAAGUAUUUUAAAAUCUGUAAUUGAAAUUCUAACUCAAACUGAAACUUAGUAAUAGUUUAAAAUUUUGGCCCAAGGCCAGUAAGUUCAGGGGAAAGUACAAGUUAAUUACAUCUAUCCUGGAGUUCAACAGGUGCUUAUUUCAUUGGUCCUUACAGGAUGAAAAAGUCGACUUCAGUAGAACCUGAACUCAGAACAUGAAGACGGAUGAAAUGCCACAAAGCAUUUUGCCCUGCAUGCUAACAAUUCUGCCAGAUUGCUGCCAUAAUUUCAGUUGAAGCAUAAAUCCAUAAUUUUUAAGAAUAGGAAUUGUCACUUCCAUUGACUCCAGCACACAACUGGUUCUUUACAUUAUCAGCCCCAGAAGGGUGAAAGGUGAUGUUGAGUUUGGCCAGAUUUGGAUGCAGAAUGUAAAGAGCUGGGAUAAAUACUGCAAUGUAAAUACUGCUCUAAUGAUUCUGCUAAUCCAUGUCACUCAAUAAUGAUUCUGAUUUAGAUACAAGGCCAGCACUUCUGAGGGAGUGGCUAGUUGAUUACAUCAGUUCCAAUAUUUAACGAGUUCUAUAUUCUAUCAACAUUAAAAGAAUUAAAAGUAAAGUUAGUCUCAGCAGGAUUUGAACUCAGAACAUAUAAAGCUGCAAGAAUUUUGCAGGUAUUUUACUGAAUCUCUAAUGAUUCUGGUUACUCACUACCUGAAUACAACAUCUACCACUAUUACUACUACUAAUAUUAAUUUAAAUGAUAGCAUACUUUUUAGGAAAGGCAUUAUCAAUUCAGUCAAUCGUUACAUUUAAGGGGUAUUUAUUUCAUCUGUCUUAAGAG